UGUGGCCACCGUGAUUGGACGUGGCUGUAGAGUGGGGCCCACCCGUCAGGCCCACAGAAACAAGCGAAACGGAUAGCGGAGGAGAGACGCGACGCGAGACAGGCGGCAGACCAAGCCACCACGCCGGAAGCCGGAAGCGGCACGCCCACGCGGAGGAGCUCAUCAUUGGCCGCCGCCGCCGCUGCUCCGGUUCCGCCCCGCCACCGAUUGCGCUGCCGUCUCGCCUCUCCUAGCGGGCUAGGGGGUGUUGGGGCCAGGGGUCGCCGCGGGGGGCAUGGCGACCGGCUCCGUCGUGAAGCCGCCGCCGCCGUCGCUGGCCGGCGCGGGGCGAGGGCUCCGUGGGCGGGGAGUCCUCCACCGGCGUCUCGCGGCCUCGCCUAUCAAUUUUUUCCCCAGGAAAGAUGAACCUGUGGCUUCAACAAAUGGUGGCAAAGAUGAAAUGGUCACCGAUAGCCUCAGUGUUGCUAGAAGAGCCUCUCCCCCUGGGCUUUCAUCAAGCUUACCCAAUCCAAUUUCGGUGGUUCCCACAUCUUUCCAAUCAGCACCAUCUGAUCUUCGUUUCAAUCGUCUUCGACCCUCAGUUGAGGAAAGUGAUUGCAAAUACAAAAGAUUUUUUGGCUGCUAUGUUGCUCGGGAGGCUAUAAUUGAUGAGGAAUACUGGAUUGCUGCAUGGUUGAGAGCAGAGAAUCGCUAUGAAGAUCAGUCAAGUGAUCGCUAUGUUGAAAGCUUCAAGAGGAAGUUUGCAUCACAGGAAUUUCAUGCAUUAAAGAAGCGAUGUAGCAAGCUUCAAGGAGAGAAGUAUAUUUGUUUUGUUGCGGUAAAAAAUGAUGACCUCAAACGAACUGUGCUGAAUAGCGUCGUUGGCACCCUGGAUGUCUGUAUAAGGCAUCCUUUUCACGGGGAGACAUUUCCUGCGGAGCCUGGGAAGUCAUCAUAUCAUUGUAGAAUAUAUCAGCCGGAUCAGCCAAAGUUUGGAUAUCUGACAAAUGUUUGUGUUGCUAAAUAUGCACGGCGUCAAGGGAUCGCGAGCAAUAUGCUGUUAUUGGCCAUAGAUGCUGCAAGAGUCAAUGGUGCUGAAGAUGUUUAUAUUCAUGUGCACAAGGAUAAUCUACCAGCUCGGAGGCUCUAUGAUCAGAUAGGAUUCAGGAUGGUUGACUUCGAUGGUGCCUGCCACUCAUCAGAUCUAUGCUUACUCUCCUUCGGUUCAUAGGAUUUUUAAUACGAUGGAGUUUUGAUCCCAUCUCCCUGUGCAGAUGAAAUGCCACUAGUCCUUGUUAUUUGGAAAGCGGGACAGUGUCAGGAAUAUGUUUACCAUCAUGUACCAGUAAUGUGCAUAAUAUAUUUAGUCAAAUUAAAUUUCAUAGAAACACCCCAAUUAAAUUAAU